UUACGAAGGCCGCGAUUUCAUUAUAUACCUCAAAUAUCGUGCACAACUUGGUGUCAGAUUCAGACCUUCGGGUUUGUAAAUGCUAGUAUCCUCCACAUAAACAUCGGAGACGUAAAGUUGAAAGAGAGGUAAAUAUGAAGAUGUCAGAAGAAAUCAAAGCUGGUGGCGAGUCUUCCUGGUGGCAAGAUGACUGUAAACCUAAUAGAACGCGUACUGUAACUGCUAUCUUAGAGUCGACAAUGAAUAAGUAGGAAGGGCAAGAAGAGCGCUUAUCUGAACAUCAGUUUUCCUAAGUGGUGAUUUGUGACGGAGAUGAACUUUAUAUCUUAUGAUUGCUAGGGAUACGCAGAUACUGUUGAGGCGCUCACAUAAGUUAAGGCGGGCGACCCUUCCUCUAACUUUGGAACUGCGACAAGUUUAUAGCGCAGACCAACUGGCACAGUUUGGAGCACUUCAGAGACUCACUAGGCUCAUCACAUUAGAAACCUUCCGCAAACUAAUCGUAGAAGCGGGUGGUUAUAAGCAACGUGCACAGAUCUCUGAACGCGGGUCAUCGCGAGAACUAUUCCCAAUCCGUCACAAACAGAACAAGAAAGCGAGAUAUUCUUGCUAA